AUGGAGAAACAAAACUGUCAAUGUUUGGGGGGUACCUGUAAAUUCAUUAUCACACUUGGAAAAUGUCAAUGCCUCUGUCAGGAUUUUUUUUUUGGAGAGUCCUGUUCUUUUGGAAAGAAUGACACAGCUCCUCAUAUUGACCCUGAGGAAUUACCAACUCGGAAAGCAAAUUUUUCUUUAGAAAUCCAGGUCAAUUUUCAAUUGGCUUUUAAAGAUCUUAGCUCACCUCAAUCGUUGGAAUUCAUCAAAACCUUAGAACUACAGAUUGAAGCUUUAUGCAAAGAAGCAGAUCCACAAACCUUUAAAAAAGUACAAGUCAUCAAUUUAUCACCAGGAAGUGUUGUUGCAAAGAGUAUGGCAGAGUACAUUUAUCCAAACAAUGAAUCUCAAAUCCAGUUUGUCAACACUCUGCUUGAUGGGAGGUUGACUAACAUCUUGAAUGACACAAAAAACCUCAUGACGAUUUCUAAUGCCUUUAAUGCAGUCGUGCAGUUGAAGGAAAUCACCUUCCAGCCACCUGAGAUAAAAAAUAUCACAGAUAUUAAGCCUUUUGUAAACUGUUCUCAGUUUACUAAUUACACUGCUGAGAUCGUUAACGGUAAAUGGCAGUGUGUAGGACCUUGCAAAACCAACACGGAUUACUGUCACCAACAUGGAGAGUGUUACAAUGACAUUAGCAAGGGGCCAAUCUGUAGAUGCUUUGAGUCUAGCCUUGAGCAGUUUUAUGGCCCACAAUGUGACGUCUCCCGUUGGGGUCCAGGUUUCUAUGGUGCACUGUUUGGAUCAUUGGCAGUGGUGCUCCUGCUCUUAAUUAUCAUCAUCAUUGCUGUCAUCGUAAAAAAGAAACAAAUGGUUGUUUGGAAAAGGAGCAACUCCUAUAACAGAAGACUCUCAGCUUUUGAAGAAGACUUCUUUGACUUCUCUGAUACAGGAAAUCACAACUUGGGACUUGCAGGUACAUACUAG